UGGACAUUUCCGUGAAAGUACUCGAGGUGUUUACUGAUACUACUAGAAUAAUUUGGUGGAAAAAGGCAUCAAACAAGAAAAAUGUCAGGUCAAGAGGAACCAGAAUUGAAGGCAGGACAUCCACCAGCAGUAAAGGUUGGAGGUAUGAGAGUAGCAAAAUCAUCUAAGCCUCACCAUGAUGGAGCUUCUAAUGAAGAUUCAGAUGAUAAAAAAGCUAUUCAGCCUGAUACAAGCAGCUUUCUAAGUACACAACCAAAUGCUGAGCUGAGUGGACCAGUUACUAAAAGUCAUCUAACACAGGAACAUGGGGCACAUGUUAAACAUUAUCACGAACCAAAACAACCCACUCAUGACAAAAGGCCACAGACUAACCCUGGUUUACAAAGUCACCACAUUUUUCAACCCAAAUAGACUGGGUGUGCAUAUAAGAUGUUUUGUUUGGCUGAAAUGUGAAGGAUUCUUCCUUUAGUUUGGAAUAAGAGAAAUCUGUCAUUAAUUUCUUCUAAUCGAAAGUAAAGUAUCUUUCACAUUGAAGUGGAAUAUUAUCUGUGGAACUCUUCUCAAAAUUGUUUGAUUGUUUUACAAACUUUUGAUCAACUUCAACUUGUAAUUUCUAAACCAUUUUUUAUUGAAAAUUUAGGCAUCAAUUGAAGAAUGUAUUUUUUUUUAAACUACCAGUUAUCACAACACUAUGUUACAUUCAUUACGUGUUUUAUGUGUGGACAACUUUCUGUGAGAGUUUUUAUAUACAAUUGUUAAUUGGUUUUGGUGUAUUUUUUUUUUUAAUAAGCUUUAUUUUGAUGAUAUUACCAAUACCUUCUGAUUUUUCCAUUUUUGCAAUUUUAUUAUUCUUAAUGGAUUCUCUUUAUUCUGCAUUUCUAGUUUUGAAUUUUUUGUUCUUACAAAAAAAUUGGGUCCAUAUAAUUCAGGAAAAGAUAAUUGUAAUUAUCUUUGUUGAUGAGUGUUCUUUUGUGAUUUUGAUUAUAUAUCUCUUAUCAGUGCUAAAUUUAAUCGGUUCAAGUUAUUGUAUGGGGAAUGGCUGAUUAUUAUAUUCCACAGAUUUUAAAUAUAAUAAAAACUUUCAUUUAAUU